AUGUUCUUGGGAAGCUCCAUGGUAGCAGUCUUUGCCAAUGCAACACUGCUCAACUACCUAUCAACACAACUGCCUGUGCAAAAAGAUCCAGAUGGAAUCUUUGAUCAGCCUUUCAAGAAGUACUACAAUUACAUCGUAGUUGGUGCUGGAUCAGCGGGUAGUAUUAUUGCAACUAGGUUGUCCGAAGACCGAACGAAUGUAUUAUUACUGGAAGCUGGAGGAUCUGAUCUGGAAAACGAAUUUACCCGAAUACCAUUACAAUGGCUACGAACAUUAGAUUCAAAGGAAAAUUGGAGUUUUGACACAGUACCACAAAAGUAUUCUUUUAUGUCAGAGGCUAGCCGGAAGACCAAAGGCAAUUGCGGUAAAGUGUUGGGCGGUACUAGCAGUAUCAAUGCAAUGUAUUACAUUAGAGGAAGUCGUUAUGAUUAUGACAAGUGGGAAAAAGAAGGUUGUACUGGAUGGGGUUAUGACGAUGUUUUACCAUACUUCAAAAAGUCAGAAGAUAUUCAAAUUCCAGAACUUAUUAAUUCCUCGUAUCAUGGACAUGGAGGUCCCUUGGUUGUUACAGAAGGACAUACGGCUCCACUAGAGUUCCUUCAUAGGUUAGCAGCUAAGGAAAAAGGCUUGCCAGUCACUGACUGUAAUGGUUUUAAUCAAACUGGAUAUUGUGCGAUACAGGCAAACAUAAAAAACGGCGAACGUUGUUCUUCAGCAAGUUGUUUUCUAAGACCUAAAUUGCACAGACGAAAUCUACAGGUUGCUACCAACAGCCACGUUACAAAGAUUAUUAUACGAAAUGGCAAAGCCAAAGGUGUUGUUGUACUGAAAAAUGGAAAGAAGACACGAAUCUAUGCCAGGAAAGAAGUUAUCAUUUCUGCAGGAGUGUUUGGAUCACCAAAACUCCUGUUAUUGUCUGGCAUAGGACCAAGACAUCAUCUGAAAAAGUUAAGGGUACCACUGAAAGCUGAUCUACCAGUCGGUGAAGGAAUGCAAUAUCAUAUGCAAUACUUUUUCCAGUACUCAAUUACUACAUCUAUGAAUAUGAACCAAGAAAAGGCUUUAGACCAACAAUCCAUUAUGGACUAUAUAUUUUACAGGACAGGGUUUUAUUUUUCACAGGGAGUUUUUGGUGAAACGUUUCGAUCAACUGAUGUUGGAUUUGCAGUAAAUAUAUGUAAACUUCACCAUAAAAGCAGAGGAACAGUUCGACUGAGAAGCAAGAAUCCAAUGGCGCCUCCUCUUAUAGAUCCGCAAUAUUUAGCAAAUCAGGAUGACGUUGAUUCUUACGUAAAAGUUAUAAGAUAUAUGCAAGAAUUUGCAAACAACUCGGCAUGGAACAGCAUAGGAACUACAUUUAUCAGGCAAGAAGAAUGUACAUCUUUCUGCAAAGCAUUUACUUUUGACACAGAUGACUAUUGGAAAUGUAUGAUUCGCCAUUAUGCAACCCAUUCUAAUCAUCAAGUUGGUACUUGUAGAAUGGGAGCUCUUCGUGAUAAAACGGCUGUUGUAGACCCACAUUUGAGGGUGAUAGGAAUUAAAAAUCUAAGAGUUGCAGAUUCGUCAGUAAUGAGAAAUGUUCCGUCCGGCAACACGAACGCUGCAACAAUGAUGAUUGGAGAAAAAGCUGCUGACAUUAUUAAAAAGAGCAGACAUACAAAAUUCUAUUAUCACAAAUGA